AUGAAGUUUCCAUCUCUUCUAGCAGCCGCCAUCGUGUCCUCGCCUGUCAUGAUUGUCAUUGCAGCCCCCAUCGGUCCUUCUGGCCCAUGCCCAGACUCAAAGGUCGAUGCUAUCCUCGACGGCAGAAUGGAACCUGAGGAAUGCUGUUCAUAUGGAAAAUGCAGGCGCGGGGUGGUCAUCUCCGUCGGGGAGUAG